CCUAAUAGUUUCUGAACGUCGGUGAUGUUUAUUACUAUAGCAACAUUUUCGCCUUUUCGUGUUCGAGCGCAUUUUGUUCUACGACCGGCCGCCAUACUCAAACAAAAAGAUUGAGAUGAAAAAAUAAAUUUUAAUUUAUUGAAAGUUGUUGAAAGUGUUUUAAUUUGCUAAAUGAGUUCUAAAUCAGAUGUAAAUAGAAGGGUACUCGCCAUUCAGGCGAAGAAGAAACGCCAUAAACUAGGUAAGAAGAAAAACCGUGAGGAGGAUCACGGCGGUGGUGGACAAGGAAACGGGCUGCGCAACCAAAAUCAAAACCGUUUGGAACCAACACAUAGUUCUUCCAAUGAAACGAUCGAAGAAGAUGCGUCUGUCUUCGAGCAAUACGCGAGUGACGAUGAAGAGCAGGAAGACAGUGCAGAUUAUUGCAAGGGUGGAUAUCAUCCUGUCAAAAUCGGGGACUUGUUCCUGAAUCGGUACCACGUCACUCGAAAAUUGGGUUGGGGGCAUUUUUCAACAGUAUGGUUGUGUUGGGAUCUGGAAGACAAACGCUUUGUGGCGUUAAAAGUAGUCAAGUCGGCUCCCCACUUCACGGAAACGGCAUUAGAUGAGAUUAAAAUACUGAAAGCGGUGCGCGAUAGCGAUCCCUCUGACCCUAAAAGGAAUAAAACAGUGCAACUUCUUAACGAUUUUAAAAUAACUGGUGUUAAUGGGACACAUGUGUGCAUGGUAUUUGAAGUAUUGGGCCACCAUCUCCUUAAGCUGAUACUCAAGUCCAAUUAUAGAGGCAUACCCCGUGAGAAUGUGAAGACUAUAAUCCGUCAAGUUCUUGAGGGCUUAGAUUAUCUCCAUACCAAAUGUAAGAUAAUUCAUACUGAUAUAAAACCUGAAAAUGUAUUGGUUUGUGUGGAUGAAGCUUACAUUCGUAGAUUAGCGGCUGAAGCUACAGAGUUACAUUCAUUAGGAUUGAGAUUACCACACUCUCUUAUAAGUACAGCUCCUAAAGAAUUCCAAGAACAGGUAGUAACGGGUAAAAUGAGUAGGAACAAAAAGAAAAAGUUAAAGAAAAAAGCUAAACGUCAAUCUAUGUUGCUCAAGAAACAAAUGGAGCAAAUAGAAGAGAUUGAAGAACAAAAGAAAGUUGAGGUCUGUGAUUCAGCACCAAUGUCUCAAGACAAUGAUGAUUCACCGCAGACCCCGGAAGAGGCAAGUGUUAUAGAGACCACUCGCUCUGAUAAUGAUACUAUGAAUGGCUGUACUGAUAUAAGAAGAACAGAUGACGAAGCAUUUGACACAGAUGCUGAGGCUGUACAGGUUAGAAGCAAACAAUAUGGCUGUGGUGAUGAUGCAAGCACACCUAUGUCAGAAGGAGAAAUGACAGACACACCGCCUUCACUAAAUUCUCAAUCUCUGAAAGAGAAAAAUUCUGAUAAACAACCUGAUCCUGCCUUUGAUGUAUGUGACUUAGAGGUGAAAAUUGCGGAUUUGGGUAACGCCUGCUGGGUACACAGACAUUUUACUGAAGAUAUACAGACAAGGCAGUACCGUUCCCUAGAAGUUUUAUUAAGUGCAGGAUAUGGCACUUCUGCUGAUAUAUGGAGCACUGCAUGCAUGGCUUUUGAAUUAGCUACUGGAGAUUAUUUAUUUGAGCCUCAUUCUGGUGAUGGUUACACUAGGGAUGAAGACCAUUUAGCUCACAUUAUUGAAUUACUUGGGGACAUUCCUAAGAGAAUUGCAGCUUCAGGAAAGUACUCAAAAAUGUUUUUUAACAAAAAAGGUGAGUUGAGAAACAUUACAGGUCUAAAGCCAUGGGGAUUGGUUUCUGUUUUAACUGAAAAGUAUGAAUGGAGUCAGAAAGAUGCAGAGGAGUUUGCAGAUUUUUUGAAACCCAUGUUAGAUUUUGAUCCUAACAGGCGUGCUACUGCAUAUGAGUGCCUUCAGCAUCCAUGGUUGAAGACAUCCAUUCCAGAAAAGCAAGAGUCUGAAGAAUAAUCAUUAUGCUCUCUUUUUGUAGUGAAUGAUUAUACAUUCAUGAAAUCAGUAGUGUUAACAUACAGAAUAGUUAUUCCAUUUUGUUUAAAUCAAAGUUUAUUUAUGGAUUUGUUUGUGAAUAAUUGAAUUUUGUACCUAGAUUAUCUCAACCAUCCUUAAUUCAUUGAGUAAAAUUGUGUGCAACAUUUGAGGCAAUGCAGCUAUGCAAUGUGUACCUUAAAUUAAUUAACAGUAGCGAAGUAUAUAAUACACGCUGCUCAACAUUGUAGCAACAUAUUGAGCAAGUAAAAUUGUAACAUUGGCAUUAUUAUAGACACCUUAAAUUAUCCAAAAUGUACAGAUAGCUUUAGGAAAAUUGUGAUGUAUGACAUGUAGACAAUAUAGGUUUUGUCACAUUAAUCUCUUAGGAAUUUAUUAGUUCAAUAGCUCGGCACUACCACCUAGAAAGUGAAAAACCUAAUGUAAAGUCAUGCAUGCAUUCAGUAGCCAUUUGAGAAAAAUGUUCACAUAGUAUAAGUUUGUGUUUUGUCACUACACAAGAAAAAUCUCAUAUUGUAAACCUUAGGAAUAAGACAGUAUUUGUAAAGCCACACCUCCGAGACUGCCUUUUUAUAAUUCAAUGAGUCAUCUAAAUGAACAAUGGCUGGAGACAGACUAUUUGAGGCAGUUUGUGCCAGCGUCCUCUUUACCAGCUAAUAAUUAUAUUAUUUAUCAUAGAUCCCAAUUUACAUGACCAUUUGUAUUAAUUAUAUCUGCAAAUUUACAUGAAUAAAAUGUCAAAACGAGC